AUGAAUAUAGAUAAGUGCAAAGAUUCAAAAAAAAUUGAAAAAUAUUAUAGUAAUCCAUUUACUAAUACAAAAGAAGAUUAUUAUAAUGAAAUAGUUCAGAAAAUAAUUUGUUCUAUAUUAGUCAGUAAAAAUAUCAAAAAGAUAAAUUAUUUGAUUUUUGAUAUAUUAUUUGAUUUUUUUAUAAAAAUAAUUAAAACUAUAGGAAUAAAUUGCAGAAAAUUUUCUUCUUUAAGAGGAAGUAUAGUAGUUAAUUAUAUUGAUAUAAAAUGCUGUUUAAAAUUAGCUUUUAAUAAUAUAUAUAAUGAAAUAUAUACUUUAAAGAAGUAUAAUAUAUUUAACAACUUUAUAUUCGAUAUAGUAGAUAAUGUAAAAAAAGAUAAUUAUAUUAAUGUUAUUCAAAAUUCUUAUUUAUAUUAUAAACAUUUAUGUAUGAAAAAAAGUGAAAAAUCUGAUUUUUUAAAUGAAUUCAAUAAUAUGAAUUAUUUAAAUACUAAAAAUUAUCUAACUUUGGAUUGUUCAUCACCAAAUGAAAAUGUUAAUGUUUUGUUUUUAAAUGAAAAUGUUAAUAUUGAAAAAUAUAAGGAAAUUAUGAAAUUAAAAAAAAAAUAUAUGCAUGAUCAUAUGCCCAUUAUACCUCUAUCUAUAAAUACAAAAGAAAAAAAAAUUGGAUAUAUUGAAAAAAUAGAAUCAUGUGAUGAAUUAUCUUCAUCGAAUUUAUCAUCUAAGUCAUCUUCUUCCUCUUCCUCUUCUUCAUCAUAUCAAUCCUGUGAUGAUUCAAGAAAUUCAGAUUACUUUAAUCAAGAAGAAGAAUAUACAAACGAAGAUAUAUCAAAAGAAAAAAUUGAAAUAUUGAAUUUAUUACCAAAAUUAAAGGAAAUAUAUAUACAAAAUAAGAAAAAAAAAAAAGACCUUAAAAACUCAGAAUCAUUUUUAUUUAACUCUCUAAAUAAUUUUGAAACAUUUGAAUAG